AUGGCUCAUUUCUUGCGUGGAAAGCAAGCCGGUAUUCAAAAGGACCUGUCCGAGGGGUUAUCCCCCGACUUGUUCCUCUUGGACGACUUUGCACGAUGUGGUGUGAAUUCACAGAUUAGUGCGAUCGCCUAUGAUCCGGUUCAAUCUCUGAUCGCUGUCGGUACCAGUGAUACUCAGUUUGGAAGUGGGCAGAUCUAUAUCUUCGGCCAGCGACGGGUGUUGGUGACCUUUGAGUUCCCGCGCAAAGCAUCGGCCCGCUUCCUCCAGUUUUGCGCCGACAAGCUCAUCAGUAUAGACUCUAAAAAUGAGAUUUGUGUCUACUCCCUCGAGACUAGACGCAUGGUCGUAUCUUAUGCUCCACCGGGGCAGGCGACUGCCCUGUUGACGGACCCGAGCUUGGAUUAUGCGUUCAUUGGCAUGCAGAAUGGUGAAAUUAUCGCCUAUGAUCUCGAUCGCGAGUCUUUGACGCCUUUCAAGGUUCCGAAUCUGUGGUUGGAGCGCAACCCCCGUGCACGAUUCUUCCCUGUUGUGUCGCUAGAGUUUUCUCCACGGGAUAUUGGCAAGAUUCUGGUGGGCUACCCGGAGGGAGCAGUGACAUUCACGUUCAAGCAAAAUCUCGCACAAAAGUACUUUGUCUAUGAGAUUCCUCCCGGGGCCCCAGGCGCAGAUUCUCUCCCAACGCACGAAGUGCGCAGGCCUAAGUUGACCAACGCAAUUUGGCAUCCCAACGGAAUCUUUAUCUUGACCAUUCACGAAGAUGCAAGCUUGGUUCUUUGGGAUACAAAAGAUGGUCGUAAGCUCCAUGCUCGAACAGUUCAAACACCCAAUAUCGACCAGCCAAAUUCCGGCAGACCUGGCUCGCCUGACGAUGGUGCUGGACCCAAAGAGGCAGUCACAAAGAUUGUGUGGUGUGCUAAAGAAAACCCGGAUGACACUGGUCUUCUUGUGGCCGGAGGUCGCCCUGUAGGUGAUCAGAACAAGGGUUUCACUUUCCUGGACAUGGGUCCCACUCCCAACUACCAGACAUCGUCUUGGCAGGUUUUGUCGACUUAUAUGGAACGGUGCCGACGAACAAUCAACCUGUCAGUCCCACUUGGAGCUCAGGUUGUCGACAUUUGUUUGAUUCCUCGGUCUUCGCCAUACUUCAACGGUGCCCACGAUCCAAUCGCCCUGAUUGCUAUGCUAUCAUCGGGUGAAAUCAUCACCCUGAGCUUCCCAAGUGGGCAUACAAUAACCCCAACCAACAUGGUUCAUCCGUUCCUAACGCUUGUUCAUCCAUUUGUGAACAAAGCGGUCCUCACACCUGUCGAUCGCUCUGUGUGGCUCGGCCUCAAAGAGCGCCGACUGCAAGGCCCCAAAUUUGUGAUGGGCGGUGCGGAGGCAAAGAACCCCCUCAAAAGAUUUGAGAACCGCAACAUUGUCUCCAUGGCCCACGCAGAUGGGACUGUCCGAGUCUGGGACUGCGGGCAUGAUGAUGAAAUUGAAAAUGGCGAUGUAGUGCAAGUUGAUCUUGCCCGUGCCAUCGGUCGUGUCAGCAAUAUCGAAGUAACCGAGAUGUGUCUCGCCAGCGCUUCAGGCGAGAUGUCUAUUGGACUCAAAACUGGAGAGCUUGCCAUCUUCCGUUGGGGAAACAACCCCUCUUAUGGACGUGAGGAGUCCCCUGGUGCCAACCAAGGCCCAGGGAAGUUGACUCCAAUUACACAGAGAACGGAUCCUGGGCUUAAGACAGGAAUGCUUCCGUUGACCCUUCUAGAUAUGCAACAAGGCCCAAUCACAGCGUUGAAGCACGGUCAAGUUGGAUUUGUUGCGGCUGGCUACCAGGGUGGCUCUUUGGUCAUCAUUGAUUUACGGGGACCUGCUAUUAUUCACACUGCGCACGUGUCCGAUUUGAUCAAGGCACCCAAACGCAGUAGCUUCCGCAAGGCUCGGGGCUCAGAGGAUGCUCAGCCGGAAUGGCCUACUCAGAUUGAAUUUGGUGUGAUGACAUUGGAAGGCGACGAUUAUUCUAGCAUCUGUUGCUUUGUUGGCACAAACAGAGGCAAUGUGGCAACCUUCAAAAUUAUUCCUGCAUCUGAUGGAACCUACGAGGCUGCUUUCGCGGGAACAUCGUCAGUCGAGGACAGUGUCAUCAAUGUCAUUCCUAUCGACGCAGAUUCUGGCGGUCUUGCGUUAGCCACGCCCAGCGCUGUUGGGGGCCUGAGAAGUGGAGCAAAGGUCAAUGGUGUCGUUAUUGCAGUGACUGCCUCAGGUUGUCGUAUCUUCAAGCCACCAAUCUCGAAGGGUGCACACAAGGAAUGGGAAGACUACCUUUGUGACUCGGCGGCGGUCGUCAAGACCGAAGGACGUGGCUAUAGCUUGGUUGGCCUCUUCGGCGAUGGUAACGCGCGGGCAUUCUCCAUCCCCGCACUUCGAGAUAUCGGCUGUACCAAAAUCAAUCAUAUCGCGGAAAUGCGGCGACUGUCCGAAUCAUGCAUCACUCCCACAGGAACCGUGAUGACAUGGGUCGGCCCUUCGGAGAUAGGGCUCUUUAAUGUGUGGGCAGGUGGGAACGGACUACAUCCCUCAAACGACCAACUUUACAAUCCGGAGGCGGUUCUCCCCCAACGUCCGACCAUCACUAACAUGCAGUGGAUUUCUGGCACCCAAUACAUUUCUCCAGCUGACAUGGACAUUCUGAUUGGUGGCCCAGGCCGACCACCAUCCAAACGGAUGGUUGAACAGAUGAAGCAAGAGGACCAGGAACGUCGCGCUGCUCUCAGAGAAGGGCGUGCUCCACCACCCGAGGCAAGUGGGAGCCAGGAAGGGUAUUGGUCUUACAUGUCGCGGCAAGUCCAGGAACGUACGGAGCGUCUAGGGAUUGCUGGGGACAGUAUGGACCGACUGGAAGAAAACAGCAGCAAUUUUGCCAAUGAUGUCGGCAAAUAUGUACAGUCACAAAAGAAAAAGGCUGUGUUUGGCUGUAAGUUGAUCGACAAUAUGGUACCACCCCCUUGCAUGGCUGAUGCUGACCGGUCUUUUGCGCACAGUGCUUGGUUCAAAGUUUGGACUUUAGGUGACUUACUCGUAGGAGUUUGUAGAGUUCGAUGCUUCUGUUUACGUUUGGCGUUCUUUGACUUCCGUCAACGUCGGGAUGCUACCCCCAACCAUGUACAUAGUAUUUAUUACCCCAAUUUCAUCCUUCGGUCUCCUUUCAUACUGCAAUUUGUUUUCAACAAACCUCCAAUGGCUGGGCCGUGCACCUACGUAUGA